GCCUUCAUCGUCAACCUCAGUCGGCGCCAACACUCAGUCAACGUCCCAAGCAACAACUACUUCGUGCCAUGGCAUUUCAACCAAACUGGAACUAUGGCGAACAGUGGCCUAAUGGCUACAACUCUCCGCCGGCGCAAGGCUGGGUAGCGGCCCCCUCCUCGCAGUACCAACCUGGCUUGGUACAGAAUUACCCCAACCCUGUUGUUCAAACUCAAAGGCCCCCAAAAAAUGAAUGUGCGCUCAGCAAGCUCAAAUUGUCCUCCGUGACAAAUCUUCUUGCGGGCGACGUGCCCGAGUGUAUCCCAGGAGCUCAGAUAUUCAACAAUGGAGUCCCAGCCUUGCAACAGCAAGGAGCACAAUACCUCUGCCACGGCGCCGCCUUAUAUGAUCUGAUAUCGUCAAAAUUGGAUUCAGUGGUCACUCUCAUUGAUGGCGGAGGAUUUAGUGGAGAAGAUGCGGAAUUGGCGGUAUUCCAACCACCUCAGCAGACAUGGCAGCAGCAGGGCACAGGAUAUUCCGCCCAGGAACCCUCGAAAGGAAAGUUAAAAGAGUGUUCGAAUAACCCCAUAUCAUCAGCACUCACUGGUACGAACCACUUUUCCAAAGUCUACCUGUAUGCGAAUUCGAGGCUGCCACCAGAUCUCCCUCCAAUGAAGCUAUAUCCACCAACAUUUCCACUGCUCUGCUUAGCGGCUCAAUACUCCGAACGCGUAUAUACGAAGCCUGCGGGUAAAGAGAGGGAAACCCACGUGGAUUCUGAUUGGAUGACGGGAACGAAGGCUAUGGUCAUAAAGUCUGUACCGAUGGACGACAUGAAUACGAUUGUGUUCGCUAUCAGAGGAACCCAAUCCUUUAUGGACUGGGCAGUGAACCUUCGCACUUCACCCGCUUCUCCCAAAGGAUUUCUUGAUGACCCAGGAAAUCUGUGCCAUGCGGGCUUCCUGGCCGUUGCACGCAAAAUGAUUAAGCCAGUAGCAGCUCGACUGCGCAAUCUACUUCAAGAAGAUCACGUCCGAUCCAAAUAUUCCCUUCUCAUCACGGGUCACUCAGCAGGCGGUGCCGUUGCUGCACUCCUAUACAUGCACAUGCUCUCGACCAGCCACGAAGCAGUAUCAGAACUUAACACCCUGACUAGCUGCUUAAAGCGUGUUCAUUGCAUUACCUUUGGUGCACCGCCAAUAUCCCUCCUUCCAUUAUCCAAACCAAGCGAUCCAGCACUCCGCAAAUCAGUGUUCCUCUCAUUCGUCAACGAAGGCGACCCGGUUCCGAGAGCUGAGAAGGCUUAUGUACGAUCGCUACUAGAACUCUACUCUACUCCGGCCCCGGGAUCUUCUUGUCUAGAAACAGCCACCCCUCACAAGCUCCAGCCUCUCAUUCCUGGUUUGGGUGGCCGGUCUAGCAGCUUUCCCAUCGUGAACAAAAGCCGGCCCACGCCCAAGAAAUCCCAAACCGUUCCAAUUCCCGGCGUCGUCGCACCAAUCUGGGAAGUUCCUGAAGCGACAUUAAGUAUUGCGGGCAGGGUGGUGCUUUUAAGAAGCGCAGAAACAGGUGUGAGUCAACAACUGAAUCAACGGAAGAAACAGAUCCACGAGAUGAUGAUGGAUGAGGGCGUCGUCGCACAGAUGGCUACGGAUGAGUUACUCAGGGGUGUUGUGUGGGGCGAUCCCGUGUGCCACAUGAUGAAGCUUUAUGCGCGGAGGAUCGAGGUGUUGGCUACGAAGGCGGUGAUGGGACGAGAAUGCUGAUGGGCAUUUCUGAGAGGACGAAUAUGACAUUUUGGUGGGCUGGCGCAUAUUGGUGGCAUAUACCCAUUCCCUUUUAUCUAGUUAUACCUUAGUCAAUUAUAGAUCUUUCGGU